CGUCGAGGUAAGCUUAGCAAAAUCCUUCUUUUCCGCGGCUAAAAAAUGCUUGUAAAAGAAAAUUAAUAAAAAAAUUAUUAAAAAGUCCAAUUCCAUUAUAUAAAAGUAGGAUAAUCUUCGAAUCGUCUAAUCAUCGUCAUUUGAUAGCCACCUACCAAAAAUCAGAGAGCCAAGUUUUUUUUUGUUAUCGUUUUGGUUUCUCUGAAAAUUUCGCCGUCUUUUUUUGGGUGUUUGAAAGCUAGAGUUGGAUUGCUGAGAAUGGAGGGCGGAGAUCAUUUAGCCAGCGAAAGGAAGAAGGCAAACUUCGAUGUUGACGAGAUGAAGAUCGUCUGGGCCGGUUCUCGUCACGCUUUUGAGAUCUCCGAUCGGAUUGCUCGACUCGUCGCCAGCGAUCUGGCAUUUCGAAAGGAUAAUAGAACCAUGUUAAGUAGAAAAGAGUUGUUUAAAAACACACUGAGAAAAGCAGCUUAUGCCUGGAAACGGAUUAUAGAGCUUAGACUUACUGAAGAAGAGGCAUCAAAGUUGAGGUUUUAUGUGGAUGAACCUGCUUUCACAGAUCUUCACUGGGGAAUGUUUGUGCCUGCUAUUAAAGGACAAGGUACUGAAGAGCAGCAACAGAAAUGGCUACCCUUGGCUUAUAAGAUGCAGAUAAUCGGUUGCUAUGCACAAACUGAACUUGGACAUGGUUCCAAUGUUCAAGGGCUUGAAACCACUGCAACUUUUGACCCCCAGACGGACGAGUUCAUUAUUAAUAGCCCUACGCUGACUUCAAGCAAAUGGUGGCCCGGUGGAUUGGGUAAAGUUUCCACUCAUGCUGUUGUUUAUGCUCGCCUUAUUACUGAUGGUCAGGAUCAUGGAGUCCACGGUUUCAUCGUCCAGCUCCGGAGCUUGGAUGAUCACUUACCUCUUGAGGGCAUUACAAUUGGUGAUAUUGGAAUGAAAUUUGGUAAUGGAGCAUACAACACUAUGGACAAUGGGGUGUUAAGAUUUGAUAAUGUGCGCAUACCUAGGAAUCAAAUGUUAAUGAGGGUUUCUCGAGUUACAAGAGAAGGGAAAUAUGUGCAUUCCAAUGUUCCACGGCAGCUAGUUUAUGGAACCAUGGUAUUUGUGAGACAAACAAUUGUAUCUGAUGCUUCCUGUGCUCUGUCACGGGCAGUUUGCAUUGCCACAAGGUAUAGUGCUGUUCGUAGACAAUUUGGUUCACAGAAAGGAGGUGUUGAGACCCAGGUGAUUGAUUACAAAACUCAGCAGAGUAGGCUCUUCCCUUUGCUGGCUUCUGCCUAUGCUUUCAGAUUUGUUGGUGAGUGGUUAAAAUGGUUGUAUACGGAUGUGACCGAAAGAUUGCAAGCCAAUGAUUUCUCGACAUUGCCUGAGGCUCAUGCAUGCACUGCGGGUUUGAAGUCUUUAACUACUUCAGCAACCGCUGAUGCAAUUGAAGAAUGCCGGAAAUUAUGUGGUGGGCAUGGUUACUUAUGUAGCAGUGGACUUCCUGAGUUAUUUGCAGUUUAUGUUCCUGCUUGUACUUAUGAAGGGGAUAAUAUUGUGCUACUUUUACAGGUUGCAAGGUUUCUUAUGAAGACUGUAUCUCAGCUGGGGUCUGAUAAAAAACCUGUUGGAACCACAGCUUAUUUUCUGCGAGUGGAACAUUUGAUGCAGUGUAGUUCAAUUGCUCAAAAAGCUGAGGAUUGGUUAAAGCCUAGUGUAAUACUGGAGGCAUUUGAAGCAAGGGCUGUUAGGAUGUCUGUUGCUUGUGCUCAAAGACUUAGCAAGUUUGCAAAUCCAGAAGAGGGCUUUUUGGAACUCUCUGCUGAUCUAGUUGAGGCAGCAGUUGCACAUUGCCAAUUAAUUGUUGUUUCCAAGUUCAUUGAGAAAUUGCAGCAAAACAUUCCUGGAAAGGGCGUGAAAAAACAGUUGGAGAUCCUCUGUAACAUAUAUGCUUUGUUUCUUCUUCAUAAACAUCUUGGUGAUUUCCUUUCCACCGGUGUUAUCUCAUCCAAGCAAGCUUCAAUUGCAAACGAUCAACUUCGUUCUCUUUAUUCCCAGGUUCGUCCCAAUGCCAUUGCACUUGUGGAUGCAUUUAAUUAUACUGACCACUUUCUUGGCUCGGUUCUUGGCCGCUAUGAUGGUAAUGUUUAUCCGAAACUCUAUGAAGAGGCAUGGAAGGAUCCUCUGAACGAUUCAGUUGUGCCUGAUGGCUUCCAUGAAUACAUCAGGCCUAUGUUGAAGCAGCAACUUCGUAAUGCAAGACUUUGAAGAAUAUACCAAAUAUGCGAAUAGUAACUAAUAUGCUAUUUAUUUUCAAUAUUAUGUUUUGAUUUGCUUGUUUGCUAAUAAAGCUUCUAGGAAUUUGAGCAGCUACUUGUACAAGAUUUGUAACAUUUUGUAUGUAGUUGAACAAAGUUAUUUAGUUACGGCGAACAUGUUCGGGGGUACAAAAUACUUGUUAUUUGACUGAUUGUUUGUUCCUCCUUGACUUGUUCAUAAUUAUAAUAAGGCAUAAUUUCGGAAAAUUUCUUUAUAA